ACCCUGAAGGGAUUAGCCUUACUAAAACUUUUCACUGGUCUCUGUUUCUUCUCCUUCCUCUUCUUUCAUGGCUUCUCUUCUAUCCUUCUCCUCUCUCCCAAAACCAAAGGCGACAACACCCAAAGCUUCUCCUUCACCUCCUCAGAUUCUGACCGAAGAUCUUGAAGAGAAAUUCGGGCGAAAGGGCAUCAAAUUCUCGGAUUCAAGCGUCGAGCUUAAGGUCAGAAAUGGGAGUUCAUUGCAACUGAGCUUGUCGGAUGCUCACGUCGUCUCGUAUAAGCCUAAAGUGUAUUGGAGAGACGAUGGUUUCGAGGAAGUGCUUUACACUGUUCCUGGAAGUGGUGACUCUGGUAAUAAUAAGAAGAGCAGAGGAGGGAUUGGUCUGGUUUUUAACGAUGGUGGUUCUGAAUCUGCCGGGGGAUCGAAAGGAGGGUCUUCCUCUGUUUCGGGUUUGGAGUGGAAGGUUAAGGACACUGAUUCCGACGCCAUUGACGCUCUUCAGGUCGAACUUGGCUGCACGAGCGGGUCUCUGGACAUAACCUAUGUCGUUUCGCUCUACCCUUUAAGCAUGGCCACGGCGGUUGUAGUAAAGAACAAUGGCCGGAAACCGGUGACCCUUAAACCGGGUAUUCUGAGUUACUUGCAAUUCAAGAAACGAAGCGGGUCAGGCAUUCAGGGUCUGAAAGGGUGCCCUUACUGUCCGAAUCCUCCAUUGUCGUCGCCUUUCGAGCUCUUGUCACCUUCCGAGGCAAUGAAAAGUGAAUCUUCCGGCUGGUUUGGGUCAGAAGAAGGCGAGAAACCCGGGAUUUGGAAGGUACAAGAUGACGUGAUUACGGUUUUGGAGAAGAAGAUGAGCAGAGUGUACGGCGCUCCUCCUGAGGAGAGAUUAAAGGCUGUAUAUAAUACUCCUCCGUCUAAGUACGAAACCCUUGACCAGGGGAGAGGACUGUUCUUCAGGAUGAUAAGGAUAGGGUUUGAAGAUAUGUAUGUAGGGAGCCCCGGGUCGAUGUGUGAGAAGUUCGGGAAGCGAGAUUACUUUGUCUGCACAGGACCGGCCUCUAUGCUCGUCCCCGUUGAAAUCGACUCAGGCGAUUCCUGGAGAGGAGCCAUGGUCAUUGAGCAUGACAACCUCUAAAUUCACAUCAUCAUCAUCAUCUUGUUCCUGUUCUUGUCCUUUGUACGUAUUUACAUCUCUGAGAAGUGUUAUAUAUUCAUAUAGAGGAAGAAAUCGUUGCUCCUUACGCUUUACACACGUUUUAUAUUCUCGAAUUCGAAGAGGGAUUAACGUUGUCUCGAUUAUAAUU